GAGCACGGGUAAACAUCAGAAAUUAUACCAUUGUGAAAUCUGUAUUAUAUAAGUGUUGAUCGUGCCAGUCCUCACGUACUCAAGCUAUGAUGAGAGAUGUUGCCAGUGUCGCUUGUGUAACUUUGAAACCGAUCCAGAACCCUUUAAAAUCUCCCAAAGCACCUGAAUCAGCCCCUCCUCAGAGGACACUGAUGAAGUCCAGAAGGAUCUGCGCUCUUGUUGUUUGACUGGAGAGAUUAAACGCUGCUGUGGAGCGGAUGAUGGAGAGGGUUACCCGUGGAAGUGUGCUUCUGCUGGUUUUCUGUGUUUGUAGUUGUGUUCUGACAGUUUUCUCGCAGUUAAACGCCGGAUCGAGAACGGCGGCGGGUGCUCUGCGUGCGCGGACGCGAUGGACGAAUAACGGGCGCGUGUUUCAUCUAGUGAGUCGCGGGUCCGAGUUUGUGCCACCGGGCCGAACAGAGCCGAACCGACGAGCCGCUGGACCCGUGAUCCCGAUCAGUGACGGUCACAACACGAGCUCAAACUCUCCAACAGAAACAACUGACACUCAGAGAACAGAAGACAUGAUGAUGGGAGAUGAUCCAUAUGAUCCAUAUAAAUCCGUCCGGAACAGUCCACAUAAUAAUCCAUAUUAUAAUUAUUAUGACUCGUACUACAGACCCGGUCACAGCACUCAGAGACACAACGGCUACGGAACCAGAUACUUCCAGAAUGGUCUUCCAGAUCUUGUGGUGGACCCGUAUAUGAUCCAGGUGUCCACGUAUGUCCAGAGAGUGCCCAUGUAUAAUCUCAGGUGUGCUGCGGAGGAGAACUGCCUGGCGAGUUCUUCUGGUAACGCUCGGGACUAUGACACCAGAGUUUUACUGCGGUUCUCUCAGCGUGUGAAGAAUCAAGGAACCGGAGACUUUCUCCCCAGCAGACCAAGAUAUGCGUGGGAAUGGCACAGCUGUCACCAUCACUAUCACAGUAUGAAUGAGUUCUGUCAUUACGAUCUGCUGGACGCGAGCACACAGAGGAAAGUAGCGGAGGGUCAUAAAGCCAGUUUCUGCCUGGAGGACACGUCAUGUGAUCCGGGAUACUACCGCCGUUACGCCUGCACGUCUCACACACAGGGUUUGAGUCCGGGAUGUUAUGACACAUACAGUGCAGAUAUCGACUGUCAGUGGAUCGAUAUCACAGACGUUCAGCCGGGGAAAUACAUACUCAAGGUUACUGUAAAUCCAGGUUACCAGGUUCCAGAGUCAGACUUCAGCAAUAAUAUCGUCCGCUGUGACCUUCACUACACUGGUAACGACGCUCAAGCGUCCGGCUGCACCAUGUCCUCACACUAGAUCAGUGAGAGACACACACUGAGCCAGAGCGAUGACAACAUUCACUCCUCGUGUUUACACAGCUGUCAGAUCUCAUCGAGAGCAUCGUCUGACAAAUACAACUAUAUAUCUAUGUAUGAAAAUAUUAUGAGGACAGUAUGAACAACCUGAUUUGACAACAUGUGAACUAUGAGUGUAUUUACAGCUAUUCUUUACAGGAUUAUGUAAUGUUGUCUUUAUUAGUGUAAGAUAAUGAUGAAACAAUCCAGUUGUAGUCAUAGGACUUUUAUCUUUAUAACUUGCUUCUGUAGGACCAAAGAUAUUUUCAACUUAAUAUCUAUUUAAUCAUAGUGAUCAUAUUGUUUCUAAAAUGAUGUAUAGAAGGCCAGUAGAAGAAAGGGUAAUAUGCAAGAGAGAGACUAAAGAGGCUACAUUUUAAACUAAAGCGUCAGAAGUCAUUUUCAGAUUUGAGUUGAAUGUUUACUACAACUUUAAAUGUGUUGCCUCUUAAGGGUGCUAUUGAUAUUAUAAGUCACUUUGGUUUAGGAGGCAAUAUUACUUGAAUAAAAGCUAUAA